AUGGGCUCCGGAUGUUGCUCCGAUGAGCCUGUCAAGGACCAAGGGUGUGCUGGCCCUGCAACCGAGGUUAAUCAUGGACAUGCUCACGGACACGGCCACGACUCCGCAAUUGAUGACUGUUGCGCUGGUGACGAGGAUUGCGAUGGUGCUGAAGUCCUGCCCUGCCUUGACGAGAACUGUAACGAAGAAACCUACUGCGACUCCGAAGAUGACUCUACAAGCCGCGCUAUCAAGCUCGAGUGCUGUACAUCCAAGGAAGAGCACUGUGACGAAAAGUGCAUCAUCGCCGCUGCCGCCGUCGAGUGUGAGAAAACUUGCGACAACGAUGCCGCACAUGACGGUACGCAACAUCCUAAACCCAGUCAGUCCGUCUUGAGACUUACGCUCCUAGGUGCCGCCGACCACCAACAUGUCCACGACAAGGACGGUCAUCACCCGGCCUCAGCUUGCAGCACCCACCUCUCCAAGGCGUUUGAGCAGUACAGCGCCUAUCUUGAGUCGGCUCGUUGCAUCUGUCGUAGCAUUCUCGAUCACGGCUUGCCGACCACUUGUUGCAGCGAGCGGCAACCCGCUACCGCUGCUGCGCUCGUGACUCCUUUUGCCGCCGAGAAGCCCCGCCGUGCGCGUGUUGAGGCGCAAACGACCGCCCAUGCUCACAAUCAACAUAAGCAUCACCAUCACCACGGCGUUAAGCGGCGCGGCAAAAAAUCGGACUCCACGCACGAUCAUGACAUGGCUAUCAAGCUCGUUCGAGACGACCAGUCUGACUGCUGCAGCGGACACGACCUCAACCUUCCCUCCACGAUUGCGAAAAGAUCAGCAGCCCUGUCACGAGCUACGGAGAAGGAUAUUGAGAAAAAUGCCGAGCUGGAGCACGUCGCUCUCGUCGUCGAUGGCAUGACUUGUUCUGGAUGCGGGAACAAGCUUGAACGAACGCUCAAGGCGGCUCUUGGUGUGUCUGGCGUACGCGUCAACUUCGUCAUGGGCAACGCCGAAUUUAUGUUCGACGGCGCUGCAGGCAAAGCUGAGGAUAUUAUCCGCAACACGGAACGAGCCACUGGCUUUCAUUGCACCCGAAUGUCUAGCGAUAAUCAGACGCUCGAUAUUCUCGCUUCAGGUGCGGCAGCUAAGAACUUGACCGAUCUGGCGAUUGUGGGUGUCAAUGAGGUUAGCAUCGUUGACAAGAAGAUGGUCAGGAUCACUUACGACCCGGCUGUCAUUGGAGCUCGAACUCUCCUUGACAAGGUCGGACCGCUCACAGCAGGACUAGCUCCACCCUGUGACGACCCCGCCAUCGCGAGCGGAAGAAAGAGGAUGUACGAUCAACUGAUCAAAACGGCUCUCUCCGCAGCUCUCACUAUUCCUGUCAUUGUUCUCGCUUGGGGCGAAAAGCUUGAACCGAAGACGCGCUCGACUGUUUCAAUUGUUCUUGCGACACUUGUCCAACUCAUUGCUGUCCCGGACUUUUACAAACCAGCCAUUUCUUCACUCGUGCACAGUGGUGCUGUCGAAAUGGACAUGCUGGUCGUCAUCAGCAUUACUGCCGCCUAUGUCUACUCGGUCGUGGGAUUCUGUUUCCACAUGAUGGAUCGGCCUCUGGAUCCCCGAGAGUUCUUUGAGACAAGCACUCUACUCAUCACUCUUGUACUUCUUGGUCGCCUUACUGCUGCUUUCGCACGUAUCCGUGCCGUUGCAGCUGUUUCACUUCGCUCACUCCAGGCUGCCAAUGCUGUCAUUGUGGAAAACGGAAAGGAUGUUGAGAUUGAUGCUCGUCUCCUCCAGUAUGGCGACAAGUUCAAGAUCCUCCCACACUCGACUGUGCCUACCGACGGUUUGGUCGUGAACGGUUCUAGCGAGGUCGAUGAGUCUAUGUUGACGGGCGAGAGCAUCCCUGUCUUCAAGAAGCAGCGCGAUACCGUCAUUGCGGGAACCAUCAACGGCUCAGGAACACUGGUGGCACAACUGACACGUCUUCCUGGUAAGAACACCGUCACUGACAUCGCGGAGCUCGUCGAGGAAGCGGCCAACUCGAAGCCAAGAAUACAGAACAUUGCCGAUCGUGUGGCCAGCUGGUUUGUUCCCGUCGUUACCUCCGUCGCUAUUGUUGUCAUUGUUACAUGGGUCAUAAUCGGCGUCAAGAUUCGCCAACAACCGGCUGGAAAGGCAGUUGCCCAGGCAAUUACCUACGCAAUUGCUGUUCUCGCCGUCUCUUGUCCUUGUGCUCUCGGUCUUGCGGUUCCGAUGGUGUUGGUUGUCGCUGGCGGUAUCGCUGCUAGAGGAGGCGUAAUCAUCAAAUCGGCCGAGUGCACGGAAAUGGCUCGUAAAGUCAGCGACGUUGUAUUUGACAAGACUGGUACCAUCACAGAAGGAGACCUGGACGUUCUAGAAGAAGAAAUUCUACUCCUGGACCAGGACGAAGCUCGUGCCAUUACCAAGGCUUUGGUCGCAGGCAACAAGCAUCCGGUAUCUGUCGCCAUUGCCAAGCACCUUGCUUCACGCGCAACCCCCGAAGUUAAGGUCUCCGACCCUCGCGUUAUUCCAGGUGCCGGGGUCGAAGCCACUCUAGGUGGUCACAUCGUCUGCGCUGGAAACCCAUCUUGGACCAAGACCAACUCCUUACCCUCCGUUACCCGUUUCCAAGAUGCAGGCAUGACUAUCCUGGUGGUCACUCGCGACGGUAGCCCCAUCGCUCUGUUCGGGUUGCGUACCCAUCUCCGUCCGGAGGCAACUAGAAUUAUUGCGCAGCUUGCUCGUCGCAACAUUGCUGUACAUCUCGUCUCUGGCGAUCAAAAGCGUGCAGUCGAGUCCGUUGCCGCUCAGGUCGGAAUUCACAAUGUGGCGUCUCAGCGAACCCCGGCUCAGAAGCGAGAAUAUGUCGCCUCGCUUAUGUCUGAGGGUAGGCUUGUCAUGUUCGUCGGUGACGGUACCAACGACGCGGUGGCUGUUACACAAGCCGACGUGGGCGUGCAACUAGGCAGCGCAGCUUCAGCCAGCGAUGUUACUCGUGGAGCCGCCGACGUGAUUCUUCUUGCAGGUCUCGAAGGCAUCCCUUUCGUGCUCGAUGUGAGCCGUGCCAGUUUCCACCGCAUGGUCUUCAACUUUGUCUGGUCAGCCGUGUACAACGUGCUCGCGAUUUUGCUUGCAGGAGGGGCGUUUGUCCCCGUCAAGUUUAGCAUCCCCCUGCUUACGCGGGCUUGGGUGAGAUGGUCAGCGUGA